AUCGACUUCAAAGCCGUACGUCUGAGCGCUCAGCUCGUCACGCAGCACCAGGAAAUGGAGGAGCCGUGCGGGUGAUGCAGCAGCGGACCUGGGAGGAGAAAACGAGCAACAGGCAGCUUCACAGCGUCAGCGACAACUCUUUCUACUGCGAGAUCUCAUCAUCAACAGGUGAAGAUGAGCGACCCGAAUCAGCCCAAAGUUGAACUUUUUGUGAAGGCGGGCAGCGAUGGUCAGAGCAUCGGCAACUGUCCGUUCUCCCAGCGUCUCUUCAUGGUGCUGUGGCUGAAAGGAGUCACCUUCGACGUGACCACGGUGGAUAUGAAGAGGAAACCGGACAUCUUGAAGGACCUGGCUCCGGGUGCCCAGCCGCCCUUCCUGUUGUACGGCAGCGAGGUGAAAACAGACACCAACAAGAUUGAGGAGUUCCUGGAGGAAAACCUCAGCCCACCAAGGUAUCCCCGUUUGGCCGCUCGUAACCCAGAGUCCAACACGGCAGGCAUGGACGUGUUCUCCAAAUUCUCCGCUUACGUCAAGAACUCAAACCCUCAAACCCAUGAAAAUCUCGAGAAAGGCCUGCUGAAGGCUCUGAAGAAGCUCGACGACUACCUCGGCUCCCCACUUCCUGACGAGAUCGACGAGAAUAGCGCUGAUGAUGUCACUUCCUCGUCCCGCCCCUUCCUGGACGGCCAAGACCUCACUCUGGCUGACUGCAACUUGCUGCCUAAGCUCCACAUCAUGAAGGUGGUGUGUUUAAAGUACCGUAACUUCCACAUCCCUGAGCUUCUGUCGAACCUGUGGAGGUACCUGAACGCAGCGUACGCCAGGGAGGAGUUCUCCUCCACCUGCCCGGUCGACGAGGAGAUCCACAUGGCCUACUCCUCUGUCGCUAAAGCUCUCAAGUAGGAGGAGAUGGGAUGCCCGAGCAGAGCAAAAAUCAAAAAGCACAAAACGCACGUUAACUGCUCUGCACACAGCGAGCACACACUCUGCCUGCAGCAUGGUCCAAACCUUUCAUUUAUCAUUUAUCAUGUUCAUGUUCAUGUUCAUGUAAUGCUUCACAUCUGUUCUACUAUCAUCAACCUAUACUUUCUUUUUUAUAUCUCACUUAUCAGCUGAAUUUACAAGGACAGUAACAAACUCCUAACUCGUUGAUCAUGCUGCUUGCAGACUCACACACACACACACACACACACAGACUCACACACUCACACACAGACUCACACACACAGACUCACACACUCACACACAGACUCACACACACACACACACACACACAGACUCACACACUCACACACACAGACUCACACACUCACACACACACACACAGACACACACACACUCACACAGAGUAACACACACACACACACUCACACACACACACACACUCACACACAGACUCACACACUCACACACACACACACAGACACACACACACUCACACACAGAGUAACACACACACACACACACUCACACACACACACACAGACACACACACACUCACACAGAGUAACACACACACACACACUCACACACACACACACACUCACACACAGACUCACACACUCACACACACACACACACACUCACACACAGAGUAACACACACACACUCACACACACACACACACACACACACUCACACUCAGACUCACACACACACACACACUCACACACACACGUUUCACACUUAAACCCGCCUCUCAGAUCAAACGUCCACUAGUCACGUGCAACCCUCACACCUGCCAAUUCACCUUCCAUUGUCUCUCUAUCAAGGAAACAAUAACGCACAUAAACACCAGCGCCAGCUCACCUGCCAAAGUGUCUUCUGUGGUUUGGAUUUUUUUCGCCAUAACUCUAUUUUUAGAUUUAGAACAAAAUAAGAUUAGAUUUUUUUUUUCUCAAACCAAUCUUGUACUUAAGUGUAAAAAAACAUCUUGUGCUUCAUAAGCCUCAGAAAAGGAAGUUAAACUCGCUUAAUGGAGGCAGCAAACAGAAACAGGAAACGUAUUUCAAUAGACCUCUGGGCUUCCCCUUUCUGCGCUCUCACGGCGGGCGUGACGGAUUAUUCAAGAUUACACAGCUUCUUGUUGAUCCGCUGAAAGGAGCUCUUUUCCAAAAAAAUGUAAUGCUGUUCUUCCUGCAAAGUAUGAAGGAUCUUUUUUAGUGUCACACCAGAAGGAAUAAAGGUUGAUAGUGUGUUAGAGCUGCUGUACAGUCACAGGUUUGAGGCUGUUGUUUUCUGCUGAAGUGCUACAAAGACGGCUCACUUAAUGCCUCCUAGAGGAGCUCAUGGCACGCGGCCAGUUCUGUCACAUGGGAAUCAAAAAUAGGAAGUUUGAUACAAACAUGCAGAUUUUUUAAACAGGAACAGCUCGUUCAGUUUACGAUUGCAGGCCGUUAUUUAAUAUUAGAUCGAGCUUAUAGGUUUCAUAAAAAGGUUUAUAAAUGUCUUGAUUGUCAACAAAUACCAAAACCAUCAACAUGUUACUCUGUCACCCCGUUCUUAAUGAAAUGUCUUCAAUCAUUCUGCCUCGCUGUUACAUUUUGCUUCAGCAGAAUCAUUUGAAAACAAAAGGCAUUGUUUCCUCUAACUGCAGGACUCUGGUCUGUUUCUUGGGAUCUAUUCCAGCUGCAGAUGGAUGAUACAGAUGUGUGUUUCCAGUGAGUGUUAACAGCAGUAGGUGUGGUUGUGCAUUUUGGAGCUAUUCAAGAAAACUCCUGUGCCAUCAUGUGCAAUCUGACACAAAACUGGUGUCAAUUUUGGAGGUGUAUCUUUUCCAAGAUUACCAAUAAGGCGUCAAAUAAAAGUUUUGCUCUUAAAGCGACACAGAGUUUUUCUGUGCAGAUAGUUUUGCAAAGAGUCGACUAAAUUCUGCCGAGCUGGACAAACUGAAUGAUGAGAGCUUUUUUUUUUUUUAAACCAGCCUAAGCAUUGUGUUUUUGUAUUCUGUAUUUCAUUUGAAAAACACAAGUAGCAACAUAUCUAUGGCAGGCUCGUCUCAGUCUGAAAACAUCGUCUGACUGAUAUGAGGUUAAGCUCAACACUGUAUAUCCAGAUGUGGUAACACAGGCUCUUCUUCUCAGCAGGGGAAAGCUUUGCUGGUCUCUUUAUGAAAUCUGUUGACAAUAAGAAACAUUUUUAAAAUCUCAAGACUUACUCUUUAUUUCAUUUUUAAACCCUGAAUACUUGCAGGUUGAACCUGUUUCAGUUUGGAUUUAAAGGUGCUUUUCUGAAAGUCUAGUUGAAGUGAUUUGAAACUGAACCAGAGCACGCCUCCUCUGACUGCAGUAGCAGCUUCUGUAGAGGAUUUCAUUGACUUCACGGCAUGUCCAGAUUACUCUCCAUCGAGCUUCUUUGCUGUUUGGACUCCAUUUAUAAAGUAGCUUCUUGUUCUGAGCUCAGGAUAGCCUCGUUGUGUUUGUGUCUUGUCUCUUAGAUCUAGAUUCAGAUCUUGAAAAUUUCACCCAAGUGCGAUUAAAACAGAUUGAAAACGACAACUUUGAACAAAAAUGUUGACAAUAAUAGACACCCAGCGUGAGCACAGUUGCUUCUUAAGAUUUAGGAAUGUGAUUGAAAUCCCUCCGUGAUGAACUUCUGCGUUUGGCGGUGUACGUGUGGAUCUAAAAGAUGACGCUUGUUCAUUUUGCUUGACUGAAUUGUUUUUGAAAUCUUCAAGGAGACGGACAUUUAAAGGGACAGAGUCUGAAUAAUUUCAGUUUCUGAUGUAUUCGAGGGAGCAUGUUUCACUUUUUACUGUAGGGUUUGAUACUUUUUCAGGGACCUUUGAACUUGUUUUAAUCAUAAAAAUGUUUUCAUCUGUUUUUUUUCACUUCAUUGUUUUGAAUAACAAUUUUAAAAACUGUUAUAAAUUCACAUUUUGAGACCCGUAUUAUAAUGUUCACACUUUAAAUACCCCCUCCCCCCCACCAGUAUAUUUGAGCCUUUUCAAAAAACAACUCUUUUUCAUGCCGUCUGUCAUGAAGUCAAACUCAGUUGCACUUCAGAAGUCCACAGCAUCCAAACAGGUGUGGACACUAAUGCAGUAGAUUAACAUCAACAAUGAAGACAAUCAAACUAAUAGCACAGAUGAAAUGUAUUUUGUACUUUGAAGCUCUUACAAAGACACAUGUAUUAAUAUUCUAAUAAAAAAAUCUUCAUAAUAAAUCAA